GGACAAUCUCAACUUAUUUUAGAAAUUGCCAAAUUUAUUCAUUCAUUUUUGUAUAAAUUUACCCAAUCCAAAAUCUAAAAAAUCCACGGGCUUAUAGAUAAAUUGAAAUCGUGAAGAAGAGCAAAAACCUGAAAAUUAGAAGAGAAGCGAGCAGUUAGGAAAGGAGCAAGCGAUGAGCAGCGGCCGAUCCGUCGACGACAAAAUCUCCAAAGAACUCAAAUCGCUUUCGCUCCGUGGCCCCGCCGGAGGCAGCGGCAGAGGCGGAGGGAUUUUGCUGGAUGAGGAGGAUGUGGCAAUCCGGUUUGCUAACGUGAGGAAGAAGGGCUUCAAGCUCUGGGAGAGGGUGAAAGGACGAAUGAUCAACAUACUGGACGGUCUAGAACUCCACACCGGCGUAUUCUCCGCUGCCGAGCAGCGGAGGAUCGUCGAUUGCGUCUAUGAUUUCCAGGAAAAGGGGCGUAAGGGGAAGCUUAGAGAGCGCACAUAUUUAGAGCCUAGAAAGUGGAUGCGAGGUAAAGGACGUGUCACGAUACAAUUUGGUUGUUGUUACAAUUAUGCAUUGGACAGGAAUGGGAAUCCCCCUGGCAUAAUCCGUGAUGAGGUAGUCGAUCCUAUUCCACCAUUAUUGAAACAAAUGAUCAAGAGAAUGGUUGCUUGGCAUGUUCUCCCACCAUCAUGCAUCCCCAACAGCUGCAUUGUCAACAUUUAUGACAAGGAUGUCUGCAUUUCUCCUCACAUUGAUCACCAUGAUUUUGUUCGGCCAUUUUGCACUGUCUCUUUCUUGAGUGAAUGCAAUAUCGUUUUUGGAACGCAGUUCAAGACAAAUGGACCGGGAGAUUUCUCAGGCUCUGCCACCAUUCCUUUACCUUUAGGGUCUGUACUUGUUUUGAAUGGAAAUGGUGCUGAUGUUGCUAAGCAUUGUGUUCCUGUUGUACCUACACGAAGGAUUUCGAUUACAUUUAGGAAGAUGGAUGACUCAAAGAUUCCAUAUGGUUUCAUUCCUGAUCCUGAACUACAAAAUCUUCGCCCAUUGUCACUACGAGGACAAAACCAUCCCAUCCAACAAGAUCAACAAGAUGAACCACCUAAAAAUGCCCAGCAUUCACAAAAAGUUCAACCAACUCAAAAAGCUCAGCAAGCACAAAAAAUUAUACAAUCGAUUGCUCUACAAAGACAUAUGCAACUAAGUGAAGAUGAUUUUCUACCGUUGAGCUCCAACACAACAGUACAGUUCCGUCGCAACGACAAAGUCUCCUGCACCGCCUACGACUCGCCGCCGAACACCUUGGCCGAAUUCUCCCUCAACCAGUUCUCCAAUCUCUACAUCAUCUUUGGACGUGUCUACGUCGCCGAGUUCAAAGGCGUCAAAUUCUGCGUCAAAUCAUUCUCCGGCGGGAUUCACUACAGGAAAAAUCACCCAAAACUGGCGAUUUUUCCGGCGGUUUGGGAUGAAAAUCGGUGGUUGGUAUAUACCGUCGGCUUUGCGGCGGGUGAUGAACCGCCGGAAAAAAUUGGCGUAGGAACUAUUACCGGUGGAUCCAUUAGCCGACGGUGUUCCGACGGCCUAGACCGCCGGAUAUUCUACUGUUUUGUGCCGGCGAUGUUCCGGCCGAUUUACCGCCCGGUCAAAAUACCGACGACAUACCGGCGAGUCCUUCAACGACGGCUUACCGGAGGUUUCAGCGGCCGACGUGAGGAACUUAACUGCCGGGUGCGUCGUGACUCCGUUUGCGGGCGUGCGAGGGCAACAGUCACUGGAAGCCACUGCACGAAUGUUUCAACUAGUUACAUGCUUGUGAAAUCCUUGCGCGAAUCCUUGUGUCUCCGUUUGCGGGCGUGCAACGUGCGAGGUGCGGGAAACAUUCCGGGCGCGUUGAGCCUUGAGCCAGCUUGA